AGCGAUGAGGCGUUUCUAUGUUUUUUACGGUAAAAGGGAAAUCUUCCUCUUCUCUUUGAUAAAGUGGAUUUCUUGACCGAUUUACACUUUUUUUGUUUGUUUAGUAUUAUUUUUCAUUAUUAAACGUCGGCUAAUUCAACAAAAUACUAGGUAACCGAGCUUGGUAGCUGACCACCGAGCUGUUUUGUGUGCGUUAGCUAAAGUUAGCUAGGCUUUAUAUAUCGUACAUUACGGUUUUGUAAUGUACGAUGUACGGGGGGGAUAGCAAAUAGUCGCUUAUUGUUAUUUGAUCUUAUGGAGGUCAAAGGACGACAACAAACAUCUCAACAGGCAGCUAGUCAUUAUAUUACAUUGUUUCUGACUUUAGGUGGAUAAAAUGUGUUAACAGCGCGUGUCCCUGUUUAGGUGUCAAUAGGAGUAGUGUAGUUGCAGCUGUGCUAUGGCUUCUUUAGCGAGCUCCUCAUUAAUGUCACCUGUCAAACUUUGCUGUUUGUGUCUGUGCUCGAGAACAAGCAGGACGCUCUCUGCAUACGGUUUGGGUCAAAGGAGUUUGUUUUCAGGUAAAGCUGCAGCCGCAGCUCUGUGCAGACAAACAAACUCUCCCCGGUGGAAUGGCACCCGAGGGUUUUUCUCCCGUGGCGGUGGCGGCGGUGCAACCGAGGAGCAGCAGACCCUGGAGGACAUCGCCAAGAGCAUCAGAGAGCAGCGGUACAAGAGGGUGGUGGUGAUGGCCGGAGCUGGGAUCAGCACGCCUAGUGGCAUCCCAGAUUUCAGGUCUCCAGGCAGCGGUCUCUAUGACAACCUGCAGCAGUACGACCUGCCGUACGCCGAGGCGAUAUUCGAGAUCAGCUUUUUCCAUCAAAACCCCAAUCCCUUCUUCGCCCUGGCCAAAGAGCUGUAUCCAGGGAAUUAUCAGCCCAACCUUACGCACUAUUUUGUACGGCUGCUUCACGAGAAGGGUCAGCUCCUCAGGAUGUACACGCAGAACAUCGACGGCCUGGAAAGACUGGCAGGGAUUCCUCCUGAGAUGUUGGUGGAGGCACACGGUACAUUUGCCACCGCCACCUGCACAGUCUGCCUGAGGAAAUACGAGGGAGAGGAGCUACGAUCCGAUGUGAUGGCAGGUGUGGUCCCAAAGUGUCCCACCUGUAAAGGCGUGGUAAAGCCUGACAUCGUGUUUUUCGGGGAGGAGCUUCCACAUCACUUCUUCAAGUACCUCACCGACUUCCCUCUGGCUGAUCUGCUCAUCGUCAUGGGAACUUCACUGGAGGUGGAGCCCUUCGCCAGUCUGGCGGGAGCAGUGCGCAGCUCUGUUCCCCGUCUGCUCAUCAACAGGGACUUGGUGGGUCCGUUCGCCUGGCGCCGCCGUCGUCAUGACGCCGUGCAGCUGGGCGACGUGGUCGGUGGCGUGCGAGCCCUGGUGGAUGCCCUCGGCUGGACUCGGGAGCUGAACGCUCUCAUGGCGGCCGGCGCCGAGAAAGCUGCAACAAAGACAGAAGAGUGACGAUGUUACCACAUCAAGCUGGAGGUUUGACUUCAU